AUGGCCAUGAAUAAGAUUCCUGGUCAUAAUAUCUACAUCGGAGGUAUAAUAUGUCUUAAAAACAAAGCUGCUUUUAAUAGAGCAGAUAUUACCCAUGUCCUCUCUGUCUUGCGACUAAAUCAAGCUGAGAUUGAGCCUACAUUUGGAUCCUAUCAGCAUCACUCAAUAGACGUUGAUGACGUUGAUGACGAGAAUUUGUUAGAGCACUUUCCUGCUGCAAUCAAAUUUAUUCAAUCUGGUCUAAAUACAGGUGGCGGCGUUCUUGUACACUGUGCGAUGGGCAAGUCCCGGUCCGCUGCUAUCUGUGUUGCCUAUCUGCUCCACCAGCAGCGUAGUGCGCUCACGCCACAAUCUGCCCUCACCAUAGUCAAGGAGUGCCGGCCACUCUGUGAACCCAACGAUGGCUUCAUGGAACAGUUAGCCCUGUAUCAUGAAAUGGGCUGUCCAGAUGAAUUCACUGAUGACCCGUUGUACCAGCGCUGGCUGUAUCGUCGCGAAGUUGAAGGAAGUGUGGCAUGUGGUCGUGCCCCGGAAAUGAAGUCUGUGCGCUUUGAAGACGAGCAGCCCAUCCGUUCUCAAGAAAACGAUGGUCAAACAGUGGAGAUUAAGUGCCGCAAGUGCCGACGGACGCUAGCAACAAGCCCAUUUAUCAUUCCCCACGAGGAGGAAACGCGCAACAAGAACAAGACAUUUAGUACAACUGAAUGUGCUCAUGUAUUUUUGCAUCCGCUUAAAUGGAUGCAGCCCAGUUUAUUCCCAUCCUCUGAUGAGAACGGUGGAGAUGCCCCGUUAUCUGGCCGCUUGACUUGCCCUAAUGCUACCUGUGGGGCUAAUAUCGGUAAGUUUGCAUGGCAAGGCAUGCAGUGCAGUUGUACCAACUGGGUGGUGCCUGCUAUCGCAAUUGUUAAAGCCCGAGUGGAUAUUGCCAACCGGAGAUCGGCUCCUGGACAAGGCAACACCCGUCCAGCUGCGCUAGGCAUCCGUAUGCCUCCAGGAAUGCGGCAAGAUUCUGGAUCUGGGCGUGGAAGUCUUUGA